GGCUCCAGCUCCUCCCUGCUAUGACUUCUCCAGCAAGAGUUUGACCCAAGUCAUACGCCUCAGUACUGUACAUGGUAAAGGAUAUUACCUCUUGUGGCAGGGAUGAAUAUGUUUUUAGAAAACGCUGCGGUGAUCCUCUUUUAAAAUGGCUUUUGCUUUCUUGGGGAAAUACUGGACAGUGACACGCUGCUGACGGGGGCAGGAACACGGCGUGCUAGCUUCAAUCUUCCUGCCUUAUUUAUUGUAACAGAACUACGAUUUGGAAACGUCUUAUUUUUGUGUGAAAUAUUUAGAGGAAUAUUUCCUCACUUUUUGUCGAAUCGCGCCGUAAAAUCCUCCCACGGAAGACUGUUUGCGAUGACUGUGGGAGAGGAGUAAAAGUUCUCCAUCGGACUUUAAGAACACCUGCCGCUCUCCGCUCCCUCCGCGCUGACCUCGACGGCAUGACCCUCGGCACGGUGGCCGGUUCCGACUGCUCGUCGCCGGUCAGCUUCUGCUCCUGCUGCGGGGCAAAGAUGGUACCCUACUUCAGCGACGACGCGGUGGUGUCAAAAAAUGAGAUCAACCAGCUUAUCAGUGAGAGCUUCCUCACAGUUAAAGGUGCAGCCCUCUUCCUUCCCAGGGGUAACAGUCCCACGCAGAACUCCGCACCUCGAAUCAGCCAGCGCAGGAACAAACACACAGGUGACCUCCAGAAGCAUCUUCAGACCAUGUUCACUGUGCUGCGCCCAGAAGACACAAUCAGACUGGCUGUGCGUCUGGAGAGCGCCUGCCCUCAGGUAACCCGCUACAUGGUGGUGGUUUCCACCAAUGGUAGACAGGACACAGAGGAGAGCAUCGUGCUCGGCAUGGACUUUGUCUCCUCUGAUAGCUGCUGCACGGUGGGUCUGGUUCUCCCUCUCUGGAGCGACACUAUGAUCCACUUGGAUGGAGAUGGUGGCUUUAGUGUGUCGACAGUCAACAGGGUUCACGUCUUCAAACCAGUGUCUGUCCAGGCCAUGUGGUCAGCCCUCCAGUCGCUCCACAAAGCUUGCGAGGUGGCUCGCUGCCACAACUACUACCCAGGCAGCCUGUUCCUGACCUGGGUCAGCUACUACCAGAGCAGAGUCUCAUCCAGCCAGUUGUGUAUCAACGAAUGGAACGCCAUGCAGGAUGUCGAAUCGCACCGUGCCAAUUCACCCGUCCUCUUCACAGACCUGCCCACAGAAAGGGAGCGCACAGAACGGCUGAUCAAGACGCGCCUCAGAGAGAUAAUGAUGCAGAAGGACCUGGAGAACGUCACCUCAAAGGAGAUCCGAACAGAGCUGGAGAUCCAGAUGGUGUGCAACCUGAGGGAGUUUAAAGAGUUCAUAGACAAUGAGAUGAUUGUGAUCCUGGGACAGAUGGACAGCCCCACGGAAAUAUUUGAUCACGUCUUCCUGGGUUCAGAGUGGAACGCUUCUAACCUGGAGGAGCUGCAGAACAGUGGAGUGCGCUACAUCCUGAAUGUGACCCGGGAAAUCGACAACUUUUUUCCAGGAAUGUUUGAAUACCACAACAUCAGAGUGUACGACGAGGAGGCCACCAACCUGUUGGAGUACUGGAACGACACGUACAAGUUCAUCACCAAAGCCAAGAAAGCCGGUGCCAAGUGUCUGGUUCACUGUAAGAUGGGCGUGAGCCGCUCUGCUUCCACAGUGAUAGCCUACGCUAUGAAGGAGUAUGGCUGGAACCUGGACACCGCCUUUGACUAUGUGAAGGAAAGACGGGCCGUCACCAAGCCGAACCCUUCCUUCAUGAAGCAGCUGGAGGAGUAUCAGGGAAUUCUGCUGGCAAGCAAACAGAGGCAUAAUAAGCUAUGGCGUUCCCACAGUGACAGCGACCUAUCAGAUCGCCUGGACUCGAAGCCUUCAUCUCCCUCCUUGAACCGCGCUGACUCUCACAAUAACAACACCUCCUCCCCGUCUGUGCAUCACUUCCUGGGUGUGGCCGUGCUGCAGGCGCUCUACCCCGAGCCCGAAGACUCGCACGCGCUCUCCAACGGAGUGUGUGACUCGCUGGUUCAGGAGGUCAGAUCAGAUUGCACAGACCCCCGCCUGCUUCCCCUCCCCAGACCCCGAGCAGCCACCGUGGUCCCAGAGGAAAAGCAGGGCAGCUCGGCGAGCGUGGCCAUCACUGUGCCCGUCGCUCUUCCACUUCCACCACCAUCGCUCCACAUCCUACCUCCCACCCCUGAACUGCAGCGCGCUCACAGGGACACUCCCACACAUCUGUCCUGCUCAGUGGGCAAACCAGAGGAGCUGUUCCUCAUCUUACCCGACAGAAGCAGUUCAGAGGAAGUGUCUCCUCUCACUCUGGGAUCCACUGACUCGGACAUGAUCAACCAAUCAUUGUCUGAUUUAACGAACAACAGCCACACUCCGCUCAGCCCUGCGACUCCCACUUCCUCGCCUUCGGUCUCGGCUUUCGCUCCCAGCGACGACAACAACAACAACCCGAGCGAGUUGGAUACCCGCGGUGAGGCAGACGGGUCAUCGACCCACAGCACGGACAGCAUCGACUUCUUCAGCGCCCGGGAGAAGUUUCUGGGGCUGGCCAAAGAUGGCCGACAUCGGACGCUUUCAGAGCAGGCACAGCAAAGGACGUCUCUGUCAACUGACAGAGAAACAGAGGUCAGCGAAGACGAGGAGGAGCAGAGGAAUGAGAUGAGUCAGGAGUCUGAUGACAGCUCUGACAAAACCAGUCCUGACCGGAUUCAUCACACUCACCACGACAACGGAAUAUCAGUCCGCCAUAUUGUCACUGAGAUCGAAGCCAUAUCACACCCCGCCGCAUCUCUUCAGACUCCUUCCUCCUCCUCAUCUUCUCCACUCCCUCCAUCCUCUCACAGUCCUCAGGUCAUCCGACCGGAACAUCAGGAAGAGGGGGAGUCUUCUGAAGUCACGCACACCUCUUCGACUCCACCUUCACACCCCCAGCCUCCCACCACACUGUUGUGCGACUGGCCGGCGGGCUCCGUGCGGCGGGCCACCAAGCAGCUGGAGCAGAAGUUGAAGCAGGAACUGGAGAUGGUGGCAUGUCAGCGGUCUCCGCUGCAUUCGCCCAGCAGCGAACAACCUCCUGUCAGACUGUCCGUAUCCUCCGAACACGUGCUGCUCCACUCCCCCAUGCACGCUGCAGAACAAAGGAUCACUCAGGGAGAGAACAUGGCUGUUUCUGCUAAUGCUACGUCCAAAGAUGAAGAGAAGCACACGGGGUCACACAAAAGACCCGAUUUCUCAGGCACAAGCGACCUCCAAGACCUUUCAUGUUCCCCAAAGUCAGAUAUCAGCCAAGUCUCUGGUGCUAUACCUGUCAGUGUGCACACAUCCACAGAUAGCCACACAGUGACAUCAUCACUGGCCUCUGCUGAGCAGUUAUCAGCAUCAUCUCAAGAUACCUCAGCCCAGUCUCUCAGACGGGGCCAGCUCCAUAGCCAAAACCUGCAGGACUGUUCGAACCUAAUGACUCUGGAUGGCGUGACGCUGCAGGAGUCGGACACGGAUGAAAGCUCUCGGGUCAGGCAAGAGGGCUGCGCUGCCCAGAAGAGGCUGGCCCGAGGCAGCCAGGAGCUGGAGAAGAUUCAGCAGACGCUGAGAGAGCUGCAGGCUUUUCUUCACGAGGGCAUCACCCUCGAGACGGCAGACAGUCGAGCACAAGAACUGGGGCAGCCUCAGGGGCCAAGAGACGCCAUGGACACAGACCCAGAAAGUUAUAAAGGGGUGAGUUUUGAAGAGAGCCCUCCAGCUCUGAAAGUGGGGCAGCAGCUCCUAGAGAGGCAGGAGCAGAGGAGUUUGUUGGAGCCAACAGAGUGGCACAGAGCCACAGAGCUAGAGGCGCGCAUCCGCCAGGCGGGGCUCACCCCCCCGUCUCUCAUGAAGAGAUCGGCCUCCUUGGCUAAACUGGACUGUCUGGAGCUGUCGGCUCAUGACCUCAGCAGCUUGGACCUGAGGACGCACAACAGAGCAACACUGUCGCACUCGCCUGACUCGCCCUCGUCGCCCCAGUCUCACCCGGACGACACAUGGAAGAAGCAGAAAGUGCUGGCUCAGAGGCCGUGCUCUGAAAGAACAGGUUCGUGCAGUGAUGACACAUCCCCUCCACCCCUCGGCCUCUCCCCCUCCACCAGAGGGGAAAGAGGAGAACGGGAGGAGUCAGAGAACAGCAGCAGUAGCAGCAGCACGAUCCCUGCAUCCCGUCAGCCGGGGAGAGGACACUCGUCAAGACGUUCUCGCAAAGCUUCCGCUGAGAAGAAGCAGCAGCGAGCCGUCACUCUGCUAUACAACACCAUGUAACCUCAGAUCAGCAAGACUGGAACACAUGCGACUGAAGCUGCGCUUAUGUGUGUGAAAGAGACCGCAUGAUGUGUAUGAAUGUCAGCUGUAACCCCCUGUGUGUGUUCUCCGGUGUUAUGUGUAUAGUAUGCAAGACAUGAAUGAUGAGCAUAUAUUUGCAUGGAAACCACUGGAUGUUUGUAUGAACUGGAGUUCAGGUUCGUCUGUACAGUGUCAUGAAUGUCCAAACUAAGACUGAACGGUGCUCAUGCACUCAUUUAUAUCAGUGUCCCCUUUUUCUUUUUUUAAGUGUGACCCUCGCUGCCUGUUCAGAGUUUCUAAAACUCCAACCAGAGGGGCUUUUGUUUCUCAAACCAUGCACUUUACUGUUUAGAUGACUCUUUUUCUUUUUAAAAAAAAAUUGAGACAUGUUUCUUACCCCGGGGAGGAUUGUUGUUUUGCACUGUUCUCAGUAGACUUGUCUCUGUGGUUUUGUUUUCAAAGCUGGCAGACAUGUCUUUAUUCAGAUUUUU